GAAGGGGAAAAAAGGAGUGGACUACCUAAAAGUAGUUCUGGAGAACAAAGACUUUUGAUGCCCUCUCUCUCUCCAAGGGGGAAAGUUUAGAGACACAUAUUUUAAAACACAUCUAUAAAAAAAAUUUUAAAAAGUUUUUUAUUGAAAUUUUACUUAUAGAGAAUGAAGUAUCAACUGCGCACUAUUUGACUCAUACCCACCAAAGUUCUAUAUCGUAGUCUAAGGGGGGUCUGGUUGAACGCUGUGGAAGCUUGGAGCUGGAGUCAUACAAACAUUCUACUGGUUGAGGAUAUCCUGUAAGGACUCAAGUAUCUCACUGUUUGGAGGAGGUGGAACUGGUUGGAAGUGUCCGACGUGAAACAGUGAUCAGUUGUCUUCACCCAACGUCUACUAGGAGUUCCUCACUACUGAAUUAUCUGAAGAAGAAAAACUAUUCUGGGUGAUUUUGGAACAUUGCAACUGCAAAGGCUUCACAGGACUUUAGCUUUACUCAAGUGGAUGAGGCAGUUCUACUGAUUUAGCUGUACUCAAGUGGAUGAGGCAGUUCUACUGAUUUAGCUUUACUCAAGUGGAUGAGGCAGUUCUACUGAUUUAGCUGUACUCAGGUGGAUGAGGCAGUUCUACUGAUCUAGCUUUACUCAAGUGGAUGAGGCAGUUCUACUGAUUUAGCUGUACUCAGGUGGAUGAGGCAGUUCUACUGAUCUAGCUUUACUCAAGUGGAUGAGGCAGUUCUACUGAUUUAGCUGUACUCAGGUGGAUGAGGCAGUUCUACUGAUCUAGCUUUACUCAAGUGGAUGAGGCAGUUCUACUGAUUUAGCUGUACUCAAGUGGAUGAGGCAGUUCUACUGAUCUAGCUUUACUCAAGUGGAUGAGGCAGUUCUACUGAUUUAGCUGUACUCAAGUGGAUGAGGCAGUUCUACUGAUUUAGCUGUACUCAAGUGGAUGAGGCAGUUCUACUGAUUUAGCUGUACUCAAGUGGAUGAGGCAGUUCUACUGAUUUAGCUGUACUCAAGUGGAUGAGGCAGUUCUACUGAUUUAGCUGUACUCAAGUGGAUGAGGCAGUUCUACUGAUUUAGCUGUACUCAAGUGGAUGAGGCAGUUCUACUGAUUUAGCUGUACUCAAGUGGAUGAGGCAGUUCUACUGAUUUAGUUGUACUCAAGUGGAUGAGGCAGUUCUACUGAUUUAGCUGUACUCAAGUGGAUGAGGCAGUUCUACUGAUUGCCGUAUAUAUUUUUUGGAGUAUGGUUUUGGAUUAUGCUCUUUUGGAUUUAAAUUUUUGGGGACGUGAAUAAUGUAUAAAUCAACAAUCGAAAUGCUGAAAUGUAACGGGUUUUUUUUAACACUUUGUGUGGCAUCAGGGAUUCUCUCGUGUGUAGCCGCCGUCGCCGAGGAGCAGAAAUGCAGCGUAAACGUAACCGAGGCCGACAGCGGUCUGGAAUCUAUAACGUUGAGACUGACUACGGAGGGACAGCAGUGUCACUUCACUGUGUUAUCUGUGGACAGUAGCUCUGUAGUAACACACUGUGUGGAGGAACCGAAGGAAAACGAUACGUUUCAAUGCCAGGUAGUCAGUUUAGAACCCGGAACAUCGUACGCCCUGCAAAUCAUGUCCACGACAGAUGAACAACGGGCCAAUGUCACCCUGCACACCAGUCCAUCGACAGUCAGUGGCCUACAGGUGUCUGGGACAUCAGACAGCCUGGGAGUUUCCUGGCAGCCUGGCCCAGGGAGGACUGAGCGCUUCAGGCUACUGCUCACCGACCGAGUGGGUGUGGUGAGGAACCUGACUCUGGAGAGCACCGCUAAAGACUACACUGUCACCGACCUGGUGCCAGGGCGCGUGUAUAACAUCACCAUGGUGACGGAGGCAGGGGGACGCCAGAGUACCACCUCAAGACAAAUACAGACGGUGCCCUAUGCCGUCUCCAACCUGAAGCUAGAGAACAAUAACACCCAGGACAGUUUGAGAGCAUCAUGGAGUCAACCCCAGGGUGAUGUGGACUCCAUAGUGGUGACCCUGUCCUCGUCUGGAACCACCCCUCUGGAGAAGACCCUGUCAUCUGACACCACAAAGGCCCACUUCCACCAGCUGACACCCGGACGGACCUAUCAGGUGUCUGUCGCCACCAAGAGCGGAGAGCUCUCCAACCAAUCAACUGCCUCGGCCAACACAGUCCCAGGUAAAGUGUCCCAGCUCUCUAUGGAGGCGCUGGAUGACUCCAACUCUCUGAAGGUGAUGUGGGCUCCCCCUGGUGGAGACUGGGAUAAGUACAGGGUGCUGCUGUUAAAUGGGACCCAGACUCUGGAUAACAGGACCGUGGAGAAAGGGGUGGUGGAGUACACCUUCUCUGGCCUGGGACUGGUUCCUGGGAGGACCUACAGGGCUGGGGUCAUGGUGGAAAGCACCGGGGAGCAAGGCACAGUGGAGUACUGCCACAGAGGAAUAGCUCCUAAGCCCGUCUCAGAGCUUCAUAUCCGCCAUGCUGACGAGACCUCCCUCAGCGCCCUGUGGAGUCACGCCCCCAACUCAGCCAGGGACGGCUACGCCGUAGAGCUCCGCCAUGGCAAUGCCACGGUUGCCACGAGAGACCUGACCCGUGACAUGAGGGAGUGCACCUUCAACGUGCUCAUGCCCGGACGCGUGUUCACCAUCAUCGUGACAACCAAGAGCGGGGAGCUCAACAGCUCUGUGUCUGUGCUAGGGAGGACAGUACCUAUGGAGGUGAGGCGUGUCCACCUGAGCAACCAGGGCCACGUGGACAGCUUACAGGCCAGCUGGGAACUCCCCCCUGGAGAUCUGGACUUCUGCAGCCUGCAGCUCCUCCACAACAACCGGGCUGUGCAGAACCACACCGUCCCAGCCAACACCACCUCUCUGCAGCUCAGAGACCUCCGGCCUGGCGCCUCCUACAGGCUGGUGGUCAGUACUGUCAGUGGUGGGAUGGUUUCGAAGCAGGCCGUGGCUGAGGGACGCACUGUACCAGCUGCGGUCGGAGAAGUUACGGUCAGUAACAACGGUCGUCCAGACUUCCUGGGGGUGUCGUGGCAGCCAGCGGUCGGAGAUGUGGACAGUUACCUGGUCCUCCUGAAGGACCGCGACAGGACCGUACACAACCUGGUGGUUUCUAAGGCAAGCCCAGAGUGUGUGUUUAACUCCCUCAAGUCAGGGAGGCUGUACACCGUCUCCAUAGCAACCCGCAGCGGCAGCUUCCAGAACAACACGGUGGUGACGGCUCGUACACAACCAUCCAGUGUCCAGAACCCCAACGCCAUCCACUCUGCCAGGGACGACUUCCUGAAAGUCUACUGGCGCCAUGCGUCUGGAGACUUGGACCGUUACGAGGUGGUCAUUAAGUACAACAACACGGUCGUCCAGAACCAGACGGUGGCGCGCUCGCAGAACGACUGCGUGUUCAGCUCCCUGGUCCCCGGGAGGCUUUAUACAGUCACUGUCAGCACCUGGAGCGGAGAGUACCAGUCCAGUGUUUCUACUGACGGGAGAACGUUCCCCUCUGCGGUGCGGAGCCUGGCCCUGGGUGACAGCGGUACAGGUGACCUGGUGGUCACAUGGUCUCCAGCGCUGGGGGACGUUGAUCACUACGAGGUCCAGAUCCUCUUCAACGACACGCGGGUUUACCCGCCCGUAACCCUGGGCAACGAGGCCCGUGACCACCGCCUGGCCUCGCUCACCCCGGGACGCCUGUACAAGAUGGUGGUGUCCACCUUCAGUGGACCCAACCAGAGACCUCAGUUCAUCGAGGGCAGGACAGUCCCCAGCCAGGUGAGGAACCUCCAUGCCCGGCCAGGGGACCAGGCUGCCAGCCUGAGGGUGUCCUGGACCCCUGGUGAUGGAGACGUGGACAUGUACACCGUGUCCCUAUCCCAGGGAGCACACCUUCUGGAGACCAGACCUGUCCCCAAACACGUCACUGAGCUGGACUUUCAGGGUCUGGUACCAGGACAGCUGUACGGGGUCGAGGUUCAGUCCCUGAGUGGAAUACUGGUCAAUAAUUCAACAACUACUGGACGAACAGUCCCCUCCACAGUGACAGCGCUCCAGGCAGACAGUGACCACACCACCCACAGUCUAACAGUGACCUGGGAGACUACAGUGGGAGUGUACGAGGGUUACAGGAUCCAGCUCCUGGAUAAUGGACGUGACAUAGUCUCUAAUAUUUCCAUGCCCCAGGGCUCCACCAGGCACCUCUUCGACCAGCUCACCCCUGGGAAGUGGUACCGAGUUCAGGUCGUAUCCGUCAGUGGAGGGAUCUACGGCAAGGAGGCCGUGGCUGAGGGACAAACACGUCCAGCUGCAGUCAACGGUCUGACGGUGAUGACUGCCAACACCAGCGGUCUGAGUUUCAUCUGGCGCCCGUCCGAGGGCUACGUGGACGGCUACGACCUGUUCCUGUAUAACGUUGACGAGACGUUGCGUGGCCGUCAGACCGUGGAGGCCGGAACCCAGACGUGCUCCUUCUCUGGUCUGGUCCCAGGGACGCUGUACAAGAUGGAGGUGGUGAGCAGGAGCAGAGGCAUGAGCAGUGACUCAUCUAUCCUAGCACGGACAGUCCCAGCCCCAGUGCGCUCUCUCAACGUCCAGGGUGGUAAGCGUACUGACCGUCUCUCCAUCAGCUGGCUGCCUGGGGCAGGGGAGUGGAGUGGGUACCAAGUGGUCCUGUACGGUGGCCUGGAGGGCUCAACCACUACCCUGGCCGCCCAGGAGCUGGGCAUGGAGCAGAGAGAACACCUGUUCCAGGGACUGGUACCUGGCCGUGUGUACCGGGCUGAGGUGGUCACACACAGUGGAGAGCUGACUAAUGCUGUGUCUGCAAAGGGAAGGACGGCCCCAGAGCCUCCCUCCAUGGUAUCCUUCAGGGACAUCAGUGGUAACAGCUCUGUAGAACUGACCUGGGAUGGUCCCGCCUCUGGUGACUACGACACCUUUGACCUCCAAUGGGCUCCCAGAGAUUCCCUGUCAAUCACAGCGCCUCAGCCAACGAGCCGCAUCCUGGAUGGGAUGUUCCCGGGACGACUGUACAACUUCACCAUCCGCACUGUCAGUGGGGGAGGAGCCAAGGGCGGGCCUAUCGCCAACAGCCAGCCAAUCCAGAGGAGCCUCAGAACAAACCCAUCCAGACUGCGGAACAUGCACUGUUUCCCCCAGAGUUCCUCAUCCAUCUCCUGUUCCUGGACCUUCCCUGACUCCCACUGGGACUCCUAUACCGUGGAGGUGCGUCAGCAGGACAGCUGGGAGCUGGUGUACGCCCUGCGUCUGGCCCGGGAUAGUACCUUACUCAGCCUGGAGAACCUACAGCCUUACAGGAGAUACAACGUGGCUGUCAGAGUGGCCUCAGCUGGACUCAGCAGCCCCGCCGUGGAGGAGAACGUGGUCACCAUGAUCGACCGCCCGCCCCCUACCACAAUACGGGUCAAUGAGAGGGCGGUACGCAUCACCCCCUCCACCAUUUUGUUCAAGUUCAACUGCAGCUGGUUCAGCGACGUCAACGGAGCCGUCAGGUUCUUCACUGUCAUCGUGGCUGAGUCCAAUGACAAUGAAGUCCUGCAGACAGAGCAGCUCCACCCUCUACCUUCCUUCCAGGACUACAGAACCAACAGUUCCGUGCGGGCCUACCAGACAGGCUACUUUCCCAGUGGCUGUGCCCAGGAACAGGGAAUGGGAGCUGGGCAUGUGUUUGAGGUCAACCUGGGGGCGGGGCUGGAUCGCCUGGGAGGGCCUUGUGAUUCAGAGGAGGAUGAUGAUAACGAUCACAGCAGUGAUCUCUACCACUUCUGUGAUGGGCCUCUCAAGCCUAAGACUGCCUACAGAAUCAGUGUCCGUGCCUUCACUCAGCUGUUUGACGAAGACCACAGAGAGUUCCCCAAACCUCUCUACAGGGACACCUUCCUGUCUCCGCCCAUCAGGACACAAGCAGAGCCCCUCAGCGGAGUCAUCGAGGGCAUCAGCGCCGGAAUGUUCCUGAUCGGAAUGUUGAUCGCCGUCGUCUCCCUCCUCGUCUACAGGCAGAGAGUCCGUAAAGUGGCAGUACAGGAGAGCCCAGUGGUACGGAUGAGCAUGUGGAAGCAGGGGCCCACAUCAGGGAUGUACGUUGGAGUCAGAAGCAACCGACGCAUCUCAAGCCCCGUCAAAGCAGCCCAUUUUGAAUCCCACCUCACUAAGCUACAGGCAGACUCCAACUAUCUUCUGUCAGAAGAGUUUGAGGAUCUGAAGGAUGUGGGUCGUAACCAGCCUCUGGAUGCAGCCCGUCUACCAGAGAACAGGGGCAAGAACCGUUACAACAACAUCCUGCCCUAUGAUUCCACCAGAGUGAAGCUCUCCUACCUGGAGGAUGACCCCUGUUCUGACUUCAUCAAUGCCAGUUAUAUACCAGGGAACAACUUCCGCCGCGAGUACAUCGCCACCCAAGGCCCUCUCCCCGGAACCAAGGAUGACUUCUGGAGGAUGGUGUGGGAGCACAACGUAUACAACGUCGUCAUGGUGACGCAGUGUGUCGAGAAGGGACGGGUGAAGUGUGACCACUACUGGCCGGCUGACCGGGAGCCUCUGUACUAUGGAGACCUGGUGGUUCAAAUGCUGUCUGAGUCUGUCCUGGCUGAAUGGACAAUCAGGGAGUUCAAGAUCAGCUCUGAGGGUCGUCCCAGCUUCCCUCGGGUGGUGAGACACUUCCACUACACGGUGUGGCCAGACCACGGGGUCCCCGAGACCACCCAGUCCCUCAUUGAGUUCGUACGGACCGUCAGAGACUACAUCGACAGGGCCCCCAGCACUGGAGCCACCGUUGUUCACUGCAGUGCUGGAGUGGGUCGUACAGGGACGUUCAUGGUUCUGGACCGGGUCCUUCAACAGCUGGACAGCAUAGGAACAGUGGACGUCUACGGCUGUGUGUUUGACCUCCGACUGCACCGCUCUCACAUGGUGCAAACAGAGUACCAGUACUCCUUCCUCCACCAGUGUGUUCGAGAUGUCCUGAGAGCCAGGAAGCUCCGUAGUGAGCAGGAGAACCCUCUCUACCCCAUCUAUGAGAACUUCAACCCAGACUACUACCGUGAUUUUGUGUACACGGGACGCUAACUAACGACAGUCUGGGUUCCUCUCCACACAGCUGAGUGAGAAGGAAAACCAGGGAAGAAUCUGUUCAAUACCACCAGACAGCCAUUCUGUCACAACUAAAGCACUAUAGAGUGUGUGGGGGGGGGGGUAUAGCUAUUUAUUUUUGAUACACUGUUGGUUCAACCUCUCAGGAUGUCUAUUUAAAAUGGAGCAGAUUGACGUCUGGAAACAUUGGCGUUUCGUCCACUAAUAGCUGAAUCUUAGGUUGCAUUCAAUGAGAUAUGAUUAUAUUGUUUUGCACCUAAUUGUAAAGCUCUUCAAAGAAACAUUAUUCCCUAAACUCAUGUUAUUUCAAUAUUAAUAAUGUCUGAUGAAAAAGACAAAAGGAACUGAUAUAAAAUGUAGAUAUAAUGAUUCUUAUUCAACAUAACAGAAAAAAAGAUGAAUGAAAGCUAUCAGGCGAAGCAAUGAAUGGGAUUCUAUGAGGCGUAGCUUCCCUGCAUCACACAGCAUUAUUAUGACAAGGCCUGAAUGCCUGAAAACCUUCCCUGCAUCACACAGCAUUAUUAUGACAAGGCCUGAAUGCCUGAAAACCUUCCCUAUAUCACACAGCAUUAUUAUGACAAGGCCUGAAUGCCUGAAAACCUUCCCUACAUCACACAGCAUUAUUAUGACAAGGCCUGAAUGCCUGAAAACCUUCCCUACAUCACAAAGCAUUAUUAUGACAAGGCCUGAAUGCCUAAAAACCUUCCCUGCAUCACACAGCAUUAUUAUGACAAGGCCUGAAUGCCUAAAAAACCUUCCCUGCAUCACACAGCAUUAUUAUGACAAGGCCUGAAUGCCUGAAAACCUUCCCUGAAGAAACCUUCCCUGCAUCCCAAAUGGCACCCUAUUCUCUAUGGGCCCUAAUCAAAAGUUGUGCACUAUAUAGGGAAUAGGGUGCCAUUUGGGUACAAAGACCUUUCUGUAUAAUAUGUUCUAAAUCGUAGUUGCUGGUUUGUAGUUGAAAAAAAGAAUGAACCCGGAGCAGACAGACAGACAGCUAGCUGUCUUGAGAGUAGCUCAUCACAAUGCUGUCUAGAUCCUUGUAUAAAGUAGCAGACCGUCUGUACAGUUGGUUGUGUUGUGAAUAGUCCUCUUAUCUUUAAACAUGGCGUCAGUUCAUGUUGUGUGUGUGUGUGUGUGUGUGUGUGUACCAUUGAGAUUGUACAGUAGAGCCUGGAGGAGGGAACAGCAUAUAGUUUGUAUGCCAUCUCAGCUACCUAUGUUUUCUAGGGCAAAGGGAAAACUCCACUGGAAAACAAACGCCAUCUUGUUUUCGGUUGUUUCCGGAAAGAGGUGGUAACCUUUUCUCCGUGGUCUCUCGAACCAAGAUGGAGGGAGUGUUCAUGAGAGAGACUGUACGGGUUUUGUACAUUACCUUCUUCAAAACAUGAUGUUGCAUUUCUGAUCAUCCUUUUGCAUGAAACUAGGCUGAUGGAUGUGUCUGUGAACAAUACGAACAGUGAUCUUUCUAUGUCGUGUGUUGAACUGAGCGGGAGAUCCCUUCAACUGAAUCUGGGCUGGCCAGCUUCCUGAUCUAAACAGGAGAAGGUCUAGAAGUUGGACUAAACUAAAAAAAAACAACUGAAGAAACUUCACACAAUAAGCAAUACUGGCCAAAUCCUGCUGAGAUCCUGGGGAUAAAGUGAGAGAAUUGAAUAAAAUGUCAACAUCCUGACCCUGUGAGAGGUCUGUAGUGGCCAAGACACUGACCUUUCCAGACUGCAGGUUUUGGGACGUGGCAUUUCUCUGUCUGAGCUUCUCUGAGCCCCGAGCCACGGAAACAGACCGAGCUACAGAAGAAACAGUGUUGGUUGGCAUUCGUCCCAUUGUUACCGAAGACAAUGCAGAUCUUCAGUAGCUCUCACUACGUUAGUAUUUCAACAUCAAUCUGUAUCUACAUAUAAAUAGUACGUUCAGAUUGAAUCUUCUCUCUAUAUUACAAAAAUCACACAUUUAUUUGAACUUUGUUGUUCAAUUUAAACAUACAAAAAUACUAGCUUUAAAAAACAUAUACUAAGAUGAUCAUUUUCAGGGUUCUGACUCCUCCCAGUAGUAUCAGAUGGAACACAUUCUGACUCCUCCCAGUAGUAUCAGAUGGAACACAUUCUGACUCCUCCCAGUAGUAUCAGAUGGAACACAUUCGGACUCCUCCCAGUAGUAUCAGAUGGAACACAUUCUGACUCCUCCCAGUAGUAUCAGAUGGAACACAUUCUGACUCCUCCCAGUAGUAUCAGAUGGAACACAUUCGGACUCCUCCCAGUAGUAUCAGAUGGAACACAUUCUGACUCCUCCCAGUAGUAUCAGAUGGAACACAUUCUGACUCCUCCCAGUAGUAUCAGAUGGAACACAUUCGGACUCCUCCCAGUAGUAUCAGAUGGAACACAUUCUGACUCCUCCCAGUAGUAUCAGAUGGAACACAUUCUGACUACUCCCAGUAGUAUCAGAUGGAACACAUUCUGACUCCUCCCAGUAGUAUCAGAUGGAACACAUUCUGACUCCUCCCAGUAGUAUCAGAUGGAACACAUUCUGACUCCUCCCAGUGGUAUCAGAUGGAACACAUUCUGACUCCUCCCAGUAGUAUCAGAUGGAACACAUUCUGACUCCUCCCAGUAGUAUCAGAUGGAACACAUUCUGACUCCUCCCAGUAGUAUCAGAUGGAACACAUUCUGACUCCUCCCAGUAGUAUCAGAUGGAACACAUUCUGACUCCUCCCAGUAGUAUCAGAUGGAACACAUUUUGACUCCUCCCAGUAGUAUCAGAUGGAAUACAUUCUGACUCCUCCCAGUAGUAUCAGAUGGAACACAUUCUGACUCCUCCCAGUAGUAUCAGAUGGAACACAUUCUAACUCCUCCCAGCAGCAGGAAUAUUGAAUUUCCUGUUUAGUCCUAUUCCUCUCUUCACAAAAAAAUGCUGGUGCUCGUCAUUGCUUUUGCACCUAUUGACCCCACACAGCAAGUAAGGCAAUGUAUACAGUAUUAUGUAGAGUAGCGCACCAGUCUCUCAGGCUUGACCCUCUCACCCCUGUCCUCCCCUAUAAGCCUAAAGGUCAUAUCAUAAAGAGAUUGUCUCCAGAUAAUAGAGUACAGAAACAUCAACUCUCUCCAUCUGUUCUCCUCCCUGCUGGGAGUUGAGUGGAUCUAAUAGUGUGGCAUUAAGCUCCACUGUAGAUUCCUCAAAAGUUUUUCAUUACAGAAAUCUAUAUCAAUCCCCUUCCCUCCUGUCAAACUAACACGUUGUUAGAUCCCCAAUGACCCUCUGGAACACAUCUCUCUGGGUUUCACCAGAGUAUGGCUGGUGCCCAUACAGCAGCUAAAACUUCAUGUGACGGCGCUUAGCUACCUGAUGAAUAUUCUCCCAGCGUUUCUGUUUCCCUGUAACAUCUCUACUACCUCGCUCACCAACCAACAGUUGACCUGCAGGGGAAACCUUCUAACCCAGGCCUUUAGAAAGAGACUAGGAGAGGAGGGGCAGAGGUGUUGGAGGCAAAUCAGAGGAAUUAACGGUCUUUAACAGAGAAGUCAUGGUGUAAGCCUGCCGUAUGUAUCAUUUACAGUAUGUACCAUUUACAGUAUGUAUCAUUUACAGUAUGUACCAUUUACAGUAUGUAUCAUUUACAGUAUGUACCAUUUACAGUAUGUAUCAUUUACAGUAUGUACCAUUUACAGUAGGUAUCAUUUACAGUAUGUAUCAUUUGCAGUUGGUAUCAUGUACAGUAUGUACCAUUUACAGUAUGUGUCUUUUACAGUUGGUAUAAUUCCACACUGGAAUAUGAACAUAACUUAAAACUAACUGAAAGAAUGUUCCCUAGUCCAGAAUGUUCCCUAGCCUAGAAUGUUCCCUAGCCUGGAAUCUUCCCUAGCCUGGAAUGUUCCCUAGCCUGGAAUGUUCCCUAGCCUAGAAUGUUCCCUAGCCUAGAAUGUUCCCUAGCCCAGAAUGUUCCCUAGCCUAGAAUGUUCCCUAGCCUAGAAUGUUCCCUAGCCCAGAAUGUUCCCUAGCCUAGAAUGUUCCCUAGCCUGGAAUCUUCCCUAGCCUGGAAUGUUCCCUAGCCUGGAAUGUUCCCUAGCCUAGAAUGUUCCCUAGCCUAGAAUGUUCCCUAGCCUAGAAUGUUCCCUAGCCUAGAAUGUUCCCUAGCCUAGAAUGUUCCCUAGCCUAUUGUAUUCCCUAGCCUAGAAUGUUCCCUUUCAUUUAAAAGUAGAGAAUGAUGUUGCUUAUUUUAUUUUCAUUUGUUUGUUUCUUCAUAAUCACACUGCUGGAAAUGGAGGAGAAAGGUGUUGAUGCAUGUUCCUAAUUGGUUUCCAACUCUGUUUCCGGUCUCUUGUUAAUACGAUGAGGUAAUCUGCCAACUCAUUACGUUCAGCACAUAGUUAACAAUGAACCGUUCAUCCCUCUGGAGAACUAAGGUUGUAUUAAUUAAUCACCGAUGUAGGCAGGCGUCCCAAAAGGUAAGGCACCCUAUUCCCUAUAUAGUGCACUACUAUUGACCAGAGCCCAUAGGGCUGUGGUUAAAAGUAGUGUAAUAUGUAGGGAAUAGGGUGCCAUUUGGAGCACACAACCAUAGAGUGAUCAUAGGAGUAGUAUCUCUCUAGAGCAGUGUCUUACUCUGUGAGCAUACUGGCAAAAUAAGAAAGCCUUGUCCAAGCCAGAGCGAACCAAAGGGCAGGAGCCUGUCUCCUGUUUCUGAAGAGUGAGGCAACUUAAUGUACUAGUACACCCCCUUGUCCAAGCCAGAGCGAACCAAAGGACAGGAGCCUGUCUCCUGUUUCUGAAGAGUGAGGCAACUUAAUGUACUAGUACACCCCCUUGUCCAAGCCAGAGCGAACCAAAGGACAGGAGCCUGUCUCCUGUUUCUGAAGAGUGAGGCAACUUAAUGUACUAGUACACCCCCUGGACAGGACACUAGUCUGUCUGACUAUACUGGUAUAGAUUACUGUACUAGUACUCCCCCUGGACAGGACACUACUGGUAUAUAUUAAUGUACUAGUACUACCCCUGGACAGGACACUAGUCUGUCUGACUAUACUGGUAUAUAUUACUGUACUAGUACACCCCCUGGACAGGACACUACUGGUAUAUAUUAAUGUACUAGUACUACCCCUGGACAGGACACUAGUCUGUCUGACUAUACUGGUAUAUAUUACUGUACUAGUACACCCCCUGGACAGGACACUAGUCUGUCUGACUAUACUGGUAUAGAUUGUAUAUUUGAUAUUGCGUUAACAUAUUGUGAAUACCAGAGGUGUCACAACCCAACAACUGUCACGUGACCUAUACCUACAGGGAAGGGGCUGUGCUUCUCUGUCGUAUUGUGUUUGCACUGGAUCAAUGUGAACGAAUGUAAACAAUGUCAUGUUGUAAAUGUGCCUGGUUUUGUACCCCAUGUUUAUCCAUGUGUAUUGGUUGAUAUGAUAAGCUAUGUGUUAUGUAUGUAAGUUAAAAAAAAAGCUAAACAUUGUUUUGAAUAUAUGAUCACAUUAAUAAUACAGAGAAUAUGCAACCAUGUUAAAUAUGCUAAUCAUGUAUAAUAAAAUAAGAAUAUAGA